UAUUCCAACCACUGUGAUGUCGCGCCGUCUCAGAGUGUAGGUGUAUCUCUACAGCCAUAUACCUACACAUCUACAUACCUACAACACACACACAGACCUCACUCUACACUCUCUCAUUGCAUUCUUCAUCAUCAUUGUCUCAACAUCACCUUAAUUAACCAAGAACAAGCAGCAACAAAGGUGACAUCAACAGCUCUGCCAUCAUCAUUCAUCACCCAGGGACAAAAUAUAUAUACCUACACAACAAAAAACCACACAUCUGUGUACAUAUACAGACGUUUAUAUAUAUAUAUCUUGUAUAUAUAUAUCUGUAGCUGUAUGUGUAUAUACCCUAGUGCAUAGAAUCUCUCUGUGUCUAUAUAUUAAUUCAUCUGCUGCUAUAGUACUACCCAGGCUCUCCCUAUUCUUUCUCUCCCUUGUCUCUGGAUUUUGUUAUUAAAGAGCAAUAUAUAUCCAAUAAGAUGGCUCAAGUCCCUGCUAAGAUAGUGCUAAAGAGCACUACAAGGAUGUCACUGAAUGACCGCUUCACGAACAUACAGAAGAGUCGUCCACCCGUGACGGUCCAGAACAUUCGUGCCAAGAUGGCGGCACAGCAGCAGGCGUCGGUGCGGAACCGUAGGCUAGCCCAGCAGAUGGCUAACCGACCGAGCGUGAUCGCGGCCCUGAAGAUCAAGAGGUCAUUGGACUACGGCCAUGCUGGGGCACCGCCUUCAAGGGUUUUAGCUGAUCAUAUUGACCCCAGUAACUAUCUCAGUCAGCGCAGUCUGAAGCAACGGUUGGGCAAAAGCAACGUGAAGUCACGACUGAGCCUGUCGGUGAUGAGGGGGCGUGGCGGGCGCGGGCGGUCAAGAGGCGGGCGCUUCAGGGGGCGAGGACUGAACCCAGGUAUGCGGGGCAUGUCAGGACGGGGCCGGGGCUCCAACCUGUCUCGACAGCACAGUGCACUCUCGCUGGGGACAAGCGGCCCUGGUGGUAUGGAGGAUGGACGCAAUAUGCCAAUGUUACGUGGACGAGGUCGUGGAGGCAGUAGUGGGAGAUUCCGUGGCGGGGGCCGUCAGAGGUUCCGUGGUGGGGGCCGUGGCAUGGGCCCCGGAGGAGGCGGAGGAAACAUGGGUGGUGGACCCUAUAUGAAGAAUCGCAACGACCGCUCCAACUAUGCACCUAACCGCAAGUGGGGGCGUGGUAGCGGCGGUGCUGGUGGCGGCGGUGGUGGUGGUAGUGGUGGCGGUAAAGGGAAGAACUAUGAUGAUUCCAAUCGUUUCCGAGGCAGAGGAGGUCUUCGGUCUAGAGGCAGCGGUGGUCGUGGCGGCAGUGGCAAGUUCCGAGGUGGUGGUGGACGUGGCCCACCGAGAGGCAUGCGCGGGCGGGGUCGCGGCGGAGGGGGCCCGCCCGGCAUGGGUGGUGGCGGCGGCCAGGGGGGAGGAGGCGGGGGAGGCGGCGGCGGCCCGUCGUCGGGCAACCCGAGCGGCGGCGGAGGAGGCGGUGGCAACCCACACAUGAUCAAGCAGGAACUGGACAACCAGCUGGACGAGUACAUGUCGAAGACGAAGGCCCACCUCGACGCCGAGCUCGACGCCUACAUGGCACAGGCUAACGAGCAGAGCUGAUCCGGUCGCCCCUCCCCUCCUUUUUUUCCAUCCCUGCACCGCACCGCACCACACCAAUGCCGUGGCACUUGGGACUUUGUGGGUCGAUUCCGGACUUUGACUUGACUUGACUUUGGACUUGGGGGGGGGCUUGGCCAAUGCUCUCUCUCAGUCAAGUUGUGAGGUGGGGGUCUAAAGGGGCGGGUGGGUGGGGGGUAUGACUCCUUGUUAGGAGGAGGAGGAGGAAGAGAAGGAGAAAGUGCGUGACCAAAAAAAAGAAGAAAAAAUAGUGGAGAGGGAGCAGGUGGUUUGCGUGAAGGGUGAGUGGGGCAUUGUGUUUUGGCAGCGGGGAGGCACGGAGUCCUCUGGGAGCACUUUUUUUAUUAAAGGAAAUUCUUUUUUUUUUUGUUGCAUGA